GUACACGUUUCCUGUGAGGCUGGGACACAAGGAAGGUGCUUGUUUUAACGUUUUUUCUUCAUUAAAUCGAGGUGGAGAGCGUUCUGAGGCUGCACAGUGUGAGGAGCAGAAAGACGCAGAGAUGAUGUCACUGACGCUGCUCCUGCUCGUCACCCUCUCCCUGACCCUGGGCGCGGCUGUGGAAGUGCAGAGGCCACGCGGCGUCCCGCUGUCCAAGAGGCAGUUUUACGAGGAGAACAGACCCUUCACCUGCCUGGAUGGGUCCCGCACCCUCCCCUUCGACCGCGUGAACGACGAUUAUUGCGACUGCGCAGACGGCUCAGACGAGCCAGGGACGGCAGCCUGCCCAAACGGCAGCUUCCACUGCACCAAUGCUGGCUUCCGGCCCGCCUUCAUCCCCUCCUCCCGCAUCAACGACGGCGUCUGCGAUUGCUGUGACACCACAGAUGAGUAUAACAGUGGAGCUGUGUGUCAGAACACCUGCAGGGAGUUGGGGCGCAAAGAGAGGGAGAGUCUACAGAAGAUGGCUGAGAUUACCAAGGAGGGCUUUCUGCUGAAACAGCAACUGAUUGAGGAGGCCAAGAAGGGACAGCAGGAGAAACAGAGAAAGCUGGCCGAGCUGCAGGACAGUAAGAAGGGUCAUGAGGAGAAGGUGGAAGCUCUGAGAACCGUGAAGGAGGCGGCAGAACAACCAGAGAAAGAGGCUAAAGAGCACCACCUCAAGGCCUGGGAAGAUCAGAAGGCAGUCCUUCGUUUGGAGAAAGAUAGGGCCAAAAUGGCGGAGGCCUUUCUGGAGCUGGACGACGAUGCAGAUGGAUUUGUGUCUGUUGUGGAGUUGCAAACCCACCCAGAGCUCGACCCAGAUGGUGACGGUACUCUUAGUGAAACUGAGGCCCAGGGGCUGCUGGGAGGACCUGACAGGGCAGACACCACUGCCUUCCAGAAUGUAUGGAGCAACAUUAAAGACAAAUACGUGUCAGAGUCCCAGCCUGAAGCUCCAGCUGCAGCAGAGAUGGUGCGGGAGGAGGAGCAGCUGGAUGUGGGGUCUGACAGUGACUCGGACAGCCGUUUCCCCGACGAUGACCCCGGGGACGAGGAGGAGGAAGAGGACGAUGAGGAAGAUGAGCAUGAGGAGGAUGAUGACAAGGCCCCCCCUGCCCCUCAGCCAGAUGGAAGGAGUGAGGAAGAGGAAGGAGCCAUGCCCCCUUACGAUGAAGAAACCCAGAACCUCAUCACAGCUGCUCAGAAGGCACGAGAUGAGUUUGAAGAGGCAGAGAGAGCUCUCCGUGAAGUGGAAGAUCAAAUCAAGGCCCUGGAGAAGGAGAUCUCCUUUGACUUCGGUCCCAAUGCAGAAUUCUCCUACCUCUACAGCCAGUGCUAUGAGCUGACUACCAGCGAAUAUAUCUACAGACUCUGCCCUUUCAAUCGUGUGUCCCAGAAACCCAAGUUUGGUGGAUCGGAGACGAACCUCGGGUCGUGGGGGUCAUGGUCAGGCCCAGAGGACAAUAAAUACUCGGUUAUGAAGUAUGAUCAUGGAACGGGUUGCUGGCAGGGGCCCAACAGAUCAACCACUGUGAAGCUCACCUGUGGGAAGGACACGACAGUGGUGUCCACCUCUGAGCCCAGCCGCUGCGAGUACCUGAUGGAGUUCACCACCCCCGCCCUGUGCCAGGAGCCCCCCAGCCUCGACUCACCCGUCCACGAUGAGUUCUAGAGCCAGUCUAGAGUCUCCAGAGGCUGCUGCUCAGGACCCCCCCCCCCCCCUCGCUGGUCCUCACACAGGCCUGACUUGAGGAAGCAGAGGGCAUUUCCACAGUCCUCGCUAUGGUCACCAGACAUUUUUCUCUCAUUAAAUUGUGUCC